AUGAGCGAAGAUUGGGACACAGUUACCAAGAUCGGCUCCCGCACUCGUGGCGGCGCCGCUGGACCCCGCGAGACGGUGGUCAAGGGCAAGAGCGCGCUCAACGCAGCUCAGCGGAGCGGUGCUGUUGUGGCCACAGAGAAGAAGUUCUCCACGGCCAACGCGGGCAGCUCCGGCUCCGAGGGCCAGCGCCUCACCAAGGUCGACCGCUCCGACGACAUCAUCAAGCCCAAGACGGUCGGCAUCGUAGUCGGGCAGGCUAUCUCCAAGGCGCGCUCCGAGGCCAAGAACGACAAGGGCACCACCAUGACGCAGAAGGACCUCGCCACAAAGUGCAACAGCACGCCCACCAUCAUCGCCGACUUCGAGCGCGGCACUGCAACCCCCGACCAGAAGCUGCUCGGCAACAUGGAGCGCGUGCUCAAUGUCAUCCUGCGCGGUGACAAGAUUGGGCAGCCCAAGUUCCCAAACAAGAAGAAAUAG